AGUCUGUAUCCCCAGCAACAGCUGCCAGGAGACACCACAAACACAGAGCCCAGUGGCCACAUGCACAGACUCCUACAGCAGGAUGCUGUGCCGCUCAGAUGGCUGCUGCAGGUCACCGGUGUACAAGCUGGCCGGGGUGAAACACACGCUGUACCACCCUCGCCUGCCAUCCUUACGUAGAAUGGAAAUGGACACCGUGGGGCACAAGCUGAGCGACAGUCACUCGAGGACCAGCACCCCCUGCAGGCAAGAAAUCUUCAGUGACCCCAGAGCCACCAACUGUGACCUCCCGCAACAUCAUCUGCCAUCACUUGAGGCCACAGACACCGGGAGACAGAUCACACAGCGGUACAGGAUAGAGAAGGUGGCACCACAGCCCCCUGGCAUAGCCCAGGAGGAAAGGCUGAGCCGCACCCAUCCUGCCAAUGACUGGCAUAGAUAUGUUCCUUAUGGAGAGUGCCGGCUGCAGGAUCUACAGAGCUAUGCUUUAGGGUACAGCGGUUAUGCCGUGCGUUUCCGGACUCCCCAAGUCACUCAUCCCUGGAAGUUUCGUCUUCAGCAAUCACCGUCACUAGACCGCCAUGGACAGAACCCGCUCCCUGCAGAAACAAUAAACACGUUCCGCACCUUUGGCUCUUCAUACAGCAAUGCGUACCUGCAUCCCUGGCACUGACUGAGCGAGACGGGGGCGCCGGAGGUUCAGCUGUGUUACAGAUAAAGAACAAGGGCGUCAUAGUGUCCUAUCUCCAUCUAUAUGCCUCUAACCAUAACUCUCAGACCCACCACCCCUGUCACCAUCGCUUCUGACAUAUAAAAUAAUCACUUUGCUGGA